AUGCUUGGUUACUUAAAAUUGGAGAUGGGCAGGCUAUCAAGCAGCAAUUCUGAUCUUCCUACAAAUAGUGUUGAAAUCCCACCUUAUUUGCUUGAAAAUGAUUCAUUAAUAAAAUGUGUGUAUGGCCCUAUCAAACAUUAUUAUAGUGCAGAUUCCAUUGAAAGCGAUAAUAAGGAUGAUAUAAUAAAUUUUCCAAUAGAAUUUUUGCAUUCACAAACUCCAUCCGGUAUGCCACCUCACAAGCUAACACUUAAGGUUGGUACAAUUGUUAUGCUAUUACGCAACUUGAGCCCAAAGAAAGGACUUUGUAAUGGUACCCGUUUAAUCAUACGACAUUUACAUAUUAAUUUUAUCGACGCUGAGGUAUUGACAGGCACUAAUAAGGGUUAUCGAGUUUUUCUCCCACGAAUAGAUCUAGCUCCAAAUGACUCUCAGUUACCAUUUACUUUAAAAAGACGACAGUUUCCUAUAAUUCCCGCUUUUGUGAUUACAAUAAAUAAAAGUCAAGGACAAACUUUUAAUCAUGUAGGCUUAUUCCUCCCUGAGCCCGUCUUUGCCCAUGGACAACUAUAUGUGGCUCUUACUAGAUGUAAAUCUCAAAAUAAUAUGAAAAUUAUGAUUUUGCCAUCAGAAUAA